ACCGAUCCGUUCCAUUUUCGCGAACAGACAAGAAGAAGAAGAAGAAGCAGUGGAAAUGGGCGCCGCCCAAUCCGCGGACGAGAAAUCGCUCCACGAGUUCGUCGUCAAGGUGGGUGGCUACACAAGAUCGUUCGCAAGUGGUUCGGGAAUCUCUCGUUCUCGGCGCUCGAGAUUUACCGUCGGAUCGCGCGACGUUUUGAUGUGGGUGCUGAUGAUGGUGGUGAUGACGAUGCAGGACAGCAAAGGCGAUGAGGUGUAUCUCAGAGCUUACGAAGGGAAGGUUCUUCUCGUCGUUAACGUUGCUUCCAAUUGUGGGUUUACCAAACAGAAUUACACUCAGCUCACUGAACUGCACAACAGGUACAAGGAUAAAGGAUUCGAAAUCUUGGCAUUUCCAUGCAACCAAUUUCUUGGACAAGAGCCAACAACUAGUCAGGAGGUGCAAAAAUUUGCUUGUGACAGAUAUAAAGUCGAAUUUCCAAUUUUCCAGAAGGUUUGCGUCAAUGGGCAAGAAACAGCGCCCCUCUACAAGUACCUCAAAGCACGUAAAACUGGAUUUUUUGGUUCAAGAAUAAAAUGGAACUUCACCAAGUUUCUAAUAGACAAGGAAGGGCGAGUCAUCAGCCGCUACGGGACAACCACACCUCCACUCGCCAUCGAGGAAGACAUCCAGAAAGCAUUGGGAGUGGCAUGAUUGUCACUCUGUGGCCUAUCGAAGUUAUAGAAUUUGGUUUAACGUGUCAUGACUAGGAGGCAGAAUAAAGUAUAUGAAAGUAGUAGAAGUUUCUGUUGCUGUGACUGAUUAUUACCAUACCAAGUGCUUAUUUUCUAAGUUUAUUCUCACAAUGAUUUAUUUCUGUUAACAUUACCUGGUUGGGUUAACCCUGAAUAUUUUGUUAAACACGUUUUAGAUGUGGAAAGAAGGCGCUGUUGUUAGACAAGAUUCAUUUAUUCUUUGAAAUUCUACAGAUUCGGAUUCUGAA